GACUGCUUCUCCAUGGCCAACGUGUCGUGGUUCGGCGGCGGCGGCGUGCGUGCCCCGCGCUGGCCGCUCAACGGCGUCGACGCCGAGGCGCAGCCCUUCGUCAUCAGCGACUUCAGYCACAAUCCCGGCGGCUACGGGCCCGUGCUGGACGGCUACUUCCUGGGAUCCACGGGCGUGACGGUGACGGUGGCGCCCGACGUGCCGCUCGUGCUCUCGGUGGAGAGCGACAGGCGCUUCUGCCUCGAGACGCCGGCGGGCGCCGCGCCGGCCCUGAGCUACCGCCUGUGCAGCAGCGCCGACGCGGCGGCCGCGCAGCGGCACGCGGCCGCCCGCCCCCCGCCGGCGCCGCGCCGCCCGCCCGACGCCGCCCUGCUGCGGUCGCCCCUGUGGCACUACGGCGGCCCCGACGGCUCGGCGGGCAGGGUCCAGCGGGGCCUGCGGGCCUUCUCCAGGCGGCUGCAGCGGCACCGGCUCGGCGACGGGCUCCUGGUGCUGGGCGAGCGCGGCGCGGCGGUGCUGGCCGAGGCGGCGCAGGAGGGCGGCGCGGACGCCUGGCAGCCCACGGCGCUGGCACCGCUGCAGCUCUCCGUCACGCUGUCCCCGUACGCCGCCGUGGCCUCGCCGCUCUUCCUGCGCUCGCUGCGCGACGGCACCGACGGCUACUGGCUCAGCCUGCGCCCRCGGCACGGCGCCCCGGUGCCGUUGCUGUCCCGCUGGAAGGGGCAGCUCGCGGCCCGCCUGGACGCCACAAGCGAGGCGGCCGCGGGCUGGCUGGCGGCGCGGGCCGAGCGCCUGCAGCGCGCGCUGGGCGCCCGGCACCUGGUGCUCGAGGGCGCCGAGGGCAACGCGUACGUGGAGCAGGGCGUGCGGCCGCCCGCGGCACUGCAGGGCGACGGCUACGCCGCCGCGCUCGCCAGCCUGGCCGCCGCGCUGGGCAACGGCACCGUGGUCACCGCCGGCGCCAGGUCGAGUCACCUGCCGCUCUUCGUGCGGAUGAGCCCGCUGCGCUCGGACUGGAGCCAYGGCGGCCUCAAGGGCCUCAUCCCGGCCGCGCUGCACUUCAGCCUGCUGGGCUACAGCUUCYUCGUGCCCGACGCCGUGGGAGGGAGCCUGCMCCCGGAGCAGCUGCCGGAGCAGGAGCUCUACGUGCGCUGGCUGCAGAUCGUCACCUUCCUGCCCGUGAUGUCCUUCGGCACGCCGCCCUGGGCCUGCUGCGACGCCUGGGUGCUGAACCUCACCAGGGAGUGCAUCCGGAGGCACCGGGACUUUGUGGCUCCGCUCAUUGUCAAAUACACGCAGGAGUGGGUGGCGUGGGGCUACCCCAUCUUCCGGCCCGUAUGGUGGCUCAGCCCCACCGACCCAGCCGCCUUCGCUGUGGAUGACGAGUUCCUCAUCGGAGACGAGGUCCUGGUGGCGCCGGUCACCGAGAGGGGCCGCACGGAGCGGGACGUCUUCCUGCCGGGCGAGGGCUGCCGCUGGGCGGACGCCAGCAGCGGCCGCGCGUUCCGCGGCGGCACCGUCCUCAGGAACUACUCGGCCGCCCUUGACCAGGUGCCCGUCUUCCUGAAGGCUUCCUAGACACGCAGGCCCCCGCGCUCUUCAUCCGGGGACCGACUCACCCCCUUUGCACUUUUCCAAGAACUCCUUUGAUUCUUUUUUUAAAUUUUGACACAAACUGCUCGAAUCUUCUGUUGUUUGCUAUUAUUCUAAAAUAGCAAAGAUGCACAGUAGGAGUUUUGGCACAAACGUGUGUCCCUGCAGCAUGUCAGACCUUCUUUUCCUGGGAUUUUCCCAGGGAAGUGUCAGUGUCUAAGCAGCACGGCUGGCAUUUCCAGAGCCUUGGCACCCCAGGCAAGGAUGCUUCUGUGAYCAGACCGCGGACUGCUCCGGAUCCAGGUAAAGGAGCUGUGUCGACCUUCCCUCMCCGGGAAGGGGGAGCCCGGCUCGGAUCCAGCCACCGGACCUGCUUUGGGUGCAGAUGGAGGUUUUGGGGCCGUAACGGCAGCUCCAGCACAGCCACGGAGCCUGUGUAGCUGCUGGAUCCUGAGGGAUGCGUGCGGACAUGUGGAAGUGCUAAUGCUGUGGUCACUGAUGUAAAUGCAACUUAAAGGGUUGCUCCUCUGGAUUUUGGUGUGCCCAGAGCUAUUUGCUGCAGCCUUCCCCCCUGUUCACUCGCGCUGCCUGGGAAAGGGGCCAUUUCCAUGCUGUUCUGUGGCCUUUCCUCCUGRGAAGCGGUUCCGGAGCCCCCGGCAGGGAAGCAAAUCCCUCCUCCCACGCGCCYUCCUGCUCCUGUGCCCUCGGGAAAGCCGGUGCCGCAGCCUCUGCCCACGCUAGGGACUUGCAGAGGGGAAAUCGAGGAGCAGCUCACGUGCCCCCRCUCUUCCCAGUAUAUUAAGCUAAAGCAUUGUGGAUUUGUUAGGUGGGAAAAACACUCCGCGUGCGAGUUUGAGAUCCACUGAAUCGAGUGG